AGCUGUGACAGAAAAAAAAUUCUAAAUAUUCCACUGUACUUUGUACUUUGGUUAAAGUCUUACUUAGACUUAAAUUUCUAAACUUUUCUUGGGAGUUAACCUCUGUUUGACCUCUAUUCUGAACUGCAGAAAUCAGACAAACCUACUUGGUAAAAUGGCCUCAUGUUGGGUUGCUGAAGAACCUAUAAAAAAGAUUGCUAUCUUUGGAGGAACUCACGGCAAUGAACUGACAGGAGUGUUUCUAGUCAAGCACUGGCUAAGGAAUGGCGCUGAAAUUCAGAGAACAGGUCUGGAAGUGAAACCAUUUAUUACCAACCCAAGAGCAGUGGAAAAAUGUACCAGAUACAUUGACUGUGACCUAAAUCGUGUUUUCAACCUUGAAAAUCUUAGCAAAGAGAUAUCAGAUGAUUUGCCAUAUGAAGUGAGAAGGGCUCAAGAAAUAAACCAUUUGUUUGGUCCAAAAAAUAGUGAAGAUUCCUAUGAUAUAAUUUUUGACCUUCACAACACUACUUCUAACAUGGGUUGCACUCUUAUUCUUGAAGAUUCCAAGAAUGAUUUUUUAAUUCAGAUGUUCCAUUAUAUUAAGACUUCUUUGGCUCCAUUACCCUGCUUUGUUUAUCUUAUUGAGCAUCCUUCCCUCAAAUAUGCAACUACUCGCUCCAUCGCCAAGUAUCCUGUUGGUAUAGAAGUUGGUCCUCAGCCCCAAGGUGUUCUGAGAGCUGAUAUUUUGUACCAAAUGAGAAAAAUGAUUAAACAUGCUCUUGAUUUUAUACAGCACUUCAAUGAAGGAAAAGAAUUUCCUCCCUGUGCUAUUGAAGUCUAUAAAACAAUGGAGAAAGUUGAUUAUCCGAGGAAUGAAAGUGGAGAAAUUGCUGCUGUCAUCCAUCCUAAUCUACAGGAUCAAGACUGGAAACCACUGUACCCUGGAGAUCCUGCAUUUGUAUCCCUUGAUGGAAUGAUUAUUCCACUAGGAGGAGACUGUACUGUAUACCCCGUGUUUGUGAAUGAGGCUGCAUAUUAUGAAAAGAAAGAAGCAUUUGCGAAGACAACCAAACUAACACUCAAUGCAAAAAGCAUCGCACUACUUUCCAAUAGAAAUUAAUGCUAGCUCAGUGUGACCUGGGAAUUCCUCAGGAGCAGGGUUGUACCUUAUUCUAGUUCUCCACAGCACCUGGCCCCAUGCCUCAUACAUUAGGCAUCCAGACCAGUUUCUGGGAGGAAAGAAUAAAUUAAUGAAUGUCUUCCACAUAUAUCAUAGUUUAUAUAUGUAGCUUACUCAAGCUAGUGUGUUUCUGAUUUCUGUAUAGCUCUUUAUACAGUAUACUUUGAUAGUUUAACAUUGUUAAUAAACAACCUUCACAUUCAGAACAUAAAAUUAAGAUGCAUACUAUAUUCAAAGUUGUCAGCCUAACAUACAAUGAAACUGAAUAAAAUGUAUGUUUUCAAGUAAUAUAUAAGCGCUACUAGAAACUAACAGUGUAGACUUGAUAUUUUUCAGUUUUUGCAUUUGAAUUGGUGAUAGUAUAUUAAAUGGAUGUUCUAUAAA